UCUAUUCGUUUGUGGAUUGUUUGUGCGUCUUUUUAGACAGUUUUCAACACGUGGGAAAUGUUGAACAUGCCAAUGUAAUUUUAAGGAAACGGUAGAGAAAACAUCUACGGCAGAAUGGACGUAUAUGAGGUCGGAACGCUUGAUGCCAACUUUCUUCGAUAUGGUCUUCAUAAUGCGCUUCAAAAGUGUCCGCUUGUCGCGAACCGGGAAAAUUGGAAUGUUGCACGUAUCAAUGAAAAGUUGUCGGCGCCGGCAACCAGGCUGCAGGGGUUGGCCGUGCUGGAGGCGUUCCUGCCGCAGUGCCCCGACGACCUGUUCGGCGAGCACGCGGUCUCCUGGAUGCAGCAGUGCCUGCACACGCUCGAGGCCCACGGCCGGGGUGCGGCCGUGCCCCUGGCGUUCCACGUCCUUGAGAUGCUGUUGCAGAUGUCGUCUCACUUUUCGGAACUGACCAAAGUGAUAUCCAGCACUGUUGUGUCGAAGGCUCUUGAGAAGAUUGUGAUCAGCCUGGAUGCGGACUCUGCACCAGCUCUGAAGUGUCUGCGUGUUCUCAUGACUCACUACGGCGGUGCUUGUGGCGUGAGCAAGUCUCUCCUGGAGCAGGCGCUGCUGCGCAGCGUUGCCAACCCGCAGCGAGCGGCACGGGCGGCCGGCUGCUGGGCGCUGCUGGCGGCGGUGGGCGGGGCCGGUGGCCAGCGAGCCAACCACAAGCAGCGGUGGGCGGACCUGCAGCUGCGGCUCUGCAACACGCUGCACCACCUGUUGGGGCGGCUGCUCCGUCGAUACCGCGUCCUGCAUUCGUGGACUGAAACUGAUGACAUACUCCCGUUGCCUGAAGUGAAUGAAGCAAACCCAGUUGCUAGCUCGCAGCAACUAACGAAGCAGUUGUGCAGUGUUGCCAAGUUCUUGCAAGCAAUGCUCAGGGGCGUGUUCCCGGCCGUGAAGAGCGUGUCGGCGGGCGAGAUAAUGGAGGUGGUGUGCCGCGGCCUGGCCGUGAACUGCUUCACCCCGCCGAGCAGGGACGCGGACAGGGACGUGGUGGUGGCGACCUGCCUGCCGGACAUCCACGUCGCGAUGCUCGGCGUCCUGGAGGCGCUGAUCGCUUGCUGUGGCAGAAACCUAAUUCCAUUUUGUGGUGUGAUUUGCGAGUUGGCACUACAGGAGCUGAAGUGGACGGCAACAGAGAGCUCGCACUACGCCUCGGAGAGGCCUUUUGGGCCUGUGAGGAUAGCAGCGUGUAGGGCGCUGACAGCCUGGUGCGGCGUCUCCAAGGCUGCCAGCCUCGUAGAGAAGUACGCCGAGCAGCUGGUGGUCGUCUUGUUGCCGGAUGUCCAGAGCAGCAAGCCAGGCAUCUCGCUGUCUGUCCCCGCCAGCAAGGGCAAGGACAGCUCCAAGGAAGCACCCAAGGCAGACAGGCCCGGUGGCUCGCCGUCCCGGCGCUCCAAGCUGCGCGACAGCCGCGCAAACAGCGAGGUCUGCGCAGCCGCGCUGGAGCUGCUGUGCGCCAUGUUGAGUUCUGCCGCGCCGUUUGUGCCAGCGAAACUACACAAGGUUCUUCAGGAAGCUGCGGCGACGUUGGUGCUGGACAUCCAGCGCAGCGGUGAGCCAGGGGAGCUGCCCGUCCCGUACAGCGUCCCCGGGUGUCGACUGGGGCUCUACCGCCUGCUGGAGACGCUGGCCAUGUGGCCCCACGGCGAGCGAGCCCCCCCCACCCACUUUGCCCUCGUCGCCUUCUCGCGGGGCCAGGCCGACAACGACAGUCAGGUCAGCAGUUUCUGCACCACAGCACUCUGCCACAUGGAGAAGAUUGCCCAUCCUGCUUUUGCCAGCCUGCAGUUCCCAGUUGCUGCUCGUUCCGAGGGGCCAACAAAAGAAUGGCGCUCCGAGAUGCCUGCAUCACGAUUGGGGCUACAAAGCAGUCAGGUUGAUGUGUCAUCUUUCACAGAGGACAAAGGAAACACCAUCUCGACAGACAGAGUUGAGCCAGGCCUCGACAUCACCGAAGUGUCCAGCUCUGAAGACAACGUCGAGGAAAUAGCGGUGGAAGCAGUUUCUCAGGAAUCGGAUAGCGAUGAUGUUGAUGAUGACGACGAUGGCUUGCGCAUCACCUCAGAAGUUUUGCCUAAGACCAAGCAAAUUGCUCUUGACUCAAGUUCCUCAUCUUCCACUCCAGUGCUUGUGGAUAUUGACGAACAUAGCAUGAGCCAGGAUGAGGACGGCAGCGUGAAUGUAGAGGACGUUGUAGUUCUCUCGGACGAAAGCAGCGACGGCAUUGAAGGAUGGACUGUAGUGGAAAAGGCAAAAUCAAAGAAAAUGAAUUUGAAGGAAAAGGCAAUGCAGAAAGCCGUAUCCAAUAAGGAAGUUGCGAAUACUGCGACUGCUGUCAGGCAGGGUAAUUUGACUGAAUCAUUAUGUUUGAGUUCGUUUAAAGAACACGAGGGAGAGACUGAUCAUUGCUGGACUGCUGAGGAGGCUGCACUUGUGUCAGACAUUGUCAAGGAUUUUGAAUCUGAGGUGGACAAGACAAUCGACAGUCAUAACAGUAGUGAGGCAAUGUCAGAGGAUGAAGGUGAAACCGAAGAAAGAGUAGACGUACCGGUUGCAGCCAUUGCCGCCUCGAAAUUCGAGGCCAGUCAGUCCAACAGAGCCGGUGAAUGGGUGGCAAAUAAGAAGAACCCUCAGAAACGUGACGCUAGUCCACUUCCGUCUUCAGCUCCGAAGAACAAGAAACAGAGAACAGACAGACAUCAACUACGUGAAAAUAAAAAUGUGCAAGGUAUAGAUAGUGAUGUGGAAGAGGUUGCACAAGUGGCCUCAAAGGAAAUGGGAGAAGAAGAUGAAACAGCUAAGGUAAAAAAUAAGCAUGCGAAGCUCAAAAUGAGUACAAGUGAAGAUCAACAUGUGGAAAGUUUGGAGCAGCCAAAAAAAGUAGUGAGUGCAUCGGAACAAUUGGAAGAAGUAAAGGAUCAAGAAAUUCAUUCAUCACAAAUGAACACCGAGAAUGUAAAUAUUGAACAUAUCAAAUCACAGGAGAGCAUGCAUACGGAGGAAAAACUUGACCCUGUUAAACAGUGUUCAGCACCGUUAGACACCAGCAGGGAGAGUGUUGAACAGGUCGAAGUACGGGUAGAUGGCGAAACAGAGAAGGAUAGUGAUUCUGUUCGGAAUCAUCCUGCACUGUCAGAAACUAGUGAACAAGAUUGUGUUCUUGUUGUCCCUGGACAAGGUUCUCCAGAGCAAAUGGAAACUUGUGAUGGAGAUUCCGAACAGGUCACGGAACUAGAGCGUGAACGAACUGGGAAAGGAAGUGACUUAGUACAAACGUGUCUGACAGAAGUAGAAACAAGUGACAAAAAUACGGACCAGGUGAAAGCACUGGAAGACGAAGGAAAUGAGGACGGCAAUGACAGUGAGCAAAUGAGUUCCACGCCAAUGAAGCCUGUUGAGAUACAGGAACCUGAAGGUCCGGAGAACGAAGAUGGCUUGGUACAAGCCCAGCCAGCGCAAGUGGAAACUUGCGAAGAUAAUCGCUGUCAGGUCAUUGGACAGGGGUUAGUUGGAAGUCCAGAGUGUCACAGUCCCGAAGUUCAACUUGUGAAACAAGCGACACAUGUUAACACAAAUGACAGGGAAAUUUCUCUUUGUGAAGGAAAUGAAGAAAAUUCAAAGAUUCCAGAAGAACAGAGGAAUGGUCAUCCCGCAGUUCAGCUUCCACAAACCGUAGAAGAGAGUGCUUCAGAAAAAAAUUAACUCAUCGAGGUGACGUAGAGAAUUGUUAAAAACAAUUUGGGCUGAAAAUCAAGCAGAGACUGCUAUGUAAAGUCUUCUGUUGGAUAUAUAGUAGUACUACUAUAAAUUUAAGACUGUUGUUGCCUUACAUGCUUCUGAAAAGGUUAUCAUUUUGGAAUGUACUUUAUAAAAUCUGAUUUCAUUUUUUUUUUCCCCUUUUUUUUUUUUAUGAAUGCAUAAUAUGUAUUGAGUAAUGAUAAUUAGAGACAGUAUGGCAUAAGAAUAAUUUUUACUGACCUGUGAGAAAAAGAAACCACUGUUUUAGUAAGUUUCUCUUUAAAAGACAAAAGUAAAAAGGACGUACUACAUACAUACAGUAAAUGCAAUUGUUACAACCUGUCAUGGUUCCUAAGAAUACGUGUCUGAACCUGUAGGUCGAAAUAUAUUAAUUUAGUAAGUUUUCAAAAAUAAAAUAUAAUAUUAUUUUAAUUACGUACAUCUUCCAAAAAAAAAAAGUAACCAAGAUUCAUAUUUGACCACAUACUGUCUUCAAAACAAGCACCAACACAGUGAAAUGUGCAACGCAACUGUAUCUUUUUAACAAGUUCUAAGUAAAUUUGACACUUUUCAAUUGGAAAAUGAUUUUUCACUCUAGUGAUAAUUUAUUAGUCAAGGUUUAUAGAUUAUGCUCUGUAUUAACACUUAUUUUAGAAAGUACCGGAUUUAUUUUAAAUAAAUAAUUGGGCUCUAUAUAUAACAUUAUACCAUAAAAAUUACAAAAAUAAUCAUGCAUAAUAUUAAUAUUUAGUUAUUUAGCAUAAAAAAAACAAGCGGAGUGCCUUUUUUUUUGUUUUUGGUAAGUUACCAAUUUUAUUCAAGAUAAGCUUAUAUAACACAAAAAACAAAAUUAAUUAGAAACUGUUUAAAAGCUUCAUAUCUGACGUGAAGCUUUACAUCACAACUGAAGCUUCAAAUUAAAUGAACAGCAUUUUUCCUUGCGAAGUCAAAUUGAAUAUUGAAAAGAGCUUCGAUUGAUUCUCUUAGUUGAAGCUUUGUACAGGCCUAGUACCAAUGUAAUGGUAAUGCUAAAUGCGUUGGCUUACUAUUAGAUCAAUGCUUAUUGUGUAGACAAAAUGUAUUUUUUUUCCUAUCCCUUUUCCUAUUAAUAAUUUUUUGGAGAUUACAUCAUUUUGAGGGCUGGAAUUAUAUAUUCACCCAAAAUGUUAUCUACGCUGACUGUGUAAAUCAGCUGUUACUUAUUAUUUAUUCACGCCAUUUUUGUGGUUAAUAAAUACUCCUGAGGUCGGGUGUAAGAGGUCUUGUGCUUUUUUUUUUUGUGCUGAUGUGUGUUGAGGGAAAGAUACUUUUGAAAACAAGUCACGGAGUCACCUUGUUUCUGCAGAGCUAGCACAUGAACAUCGCUGGUGCGGAAACAUUAAUAAAGGUAUACAAAUAUGAGCAAUAGGACCCGCUUUUCAAAUCGGUGGUUAUUCACUAACUUGCUACAGCUGAUUCUUUUGGGUGGAAUUUUACAGAUGUGGAUGUUUUUAUCAGGAGUGUAGCAGACAUUUUAAGGAUGGGAGGUAUCUGCACUGUUUUUGUGUUGAUAAACUGUUGGCACAUUCUCCUUGUCACCAAUUCCAAUCUUUCGUCAGGAAAGAUUUAGGUCAUGUGACUACAACAGGCACCAGCCUAGAGUGAAAAAAAUGUGCAGAUGUUUAGUGCUUACCUUUAGUGCUUAUGUACUCUUGAGAGUUAGAUAGGAUCAAAAAGUAUCUUAGCAGAAAAUGAACUCUCUUAUGAAAAAAAAAAAAAGACAGGAAUGCAUUAUUCUGUGGGGGAAUCCUUUAUUUGAGCAGCAGUGUUGACGUGUUCGUAAUUACAGCUGAAUGAGUCUGCAAAAUUUGGGUGAAGUCAAGUCCAAUUAUAAUAAGGAUGGGCCAAUAAAAUCCUCAAAUACCAUAAAAUUGGUAGUAUUAAAAGGAUUCAAUAUUCAAGGAAAAAGAUUUGUAGAAAAAUAUUAAGAGAAAAUAACGUACACCAUAGAUGUAGAUUGUUUGAAUGGGAUUGUAUGCAAAAACCAAAUGAAAGUGUGCCAUAACACUAGCGCUACAUGACAGUGCUGGCUGAAGCUGUGUAUUCGAUACAUCAAAGGUACAUAACGUUCGUACCAUACCAUAAUAAACACUUGUAGGAAACAUAACUUACAAUUGCAAAGUAGAGGCAUUGGUUUUUAUAAUGCAACAUUUUUAUUCAAAUCCAAAAAUUUAGCAAACAUACAUUUUCAAGGGGGAAAAAAAAAAAUAUUUUUCACAUAUGAUCUUAGCCAAGUUUGAAUUGUCUUACAUAAAAGAUAUCCUUCUGUUUUAAAGUCAUCUUACAGUGGAGAUGGUCUAGUGUUUGAGGUAGCCCUACAUAAUAUUGUCCUAUGGCUGGAUUGAUGUGAUGCUUAACAUUGAAGAAUUGAAACUGACAGUUAUAAUUUUUUUUUCUAUUAGAGAACAAAAUAUUUAUUUGACUUCCAACUAAUACAAUUAUUUUAUGUAAGUAAAGUUAAUACUCAUUUGACAUUUAAAUAGACAUUGAUAUUCUUAAUUUUUUUUUUAAUUGAAAUCUAAAACGAAUGUACUAUUUGUAGAAACUGGAUACUCACACAACCACAGAGAAAUAAAAAUCAAGAAAAAUAAACCAAUUCAUAUUGAUGUUUCGAGUGAAACAUUAGGAAAGCACGACUGGAAGCAUACAGAGCAGGCUGGUACAUAAAAUCUAUUAGUAAGAGUAAAAGGAAAACAUUGAAGUCAAUGUGAAUCAAGGCUAUGCAGUUCAUCCCCGUGUGCCUAAGGACAAAAUAUGUAAGCUUAUUAAGCCAGGGGAGUGUACAAAAGCUAGUUAAUAAGCUAGAUAAAUGAUUAUACACAUGCAUAAAUACUUCCUUAGUAGAAAAUGUUCUUCGUAUAGUCGAGUGACAAGACAACUGUAGUAUUUUAAUGUAGUUAAAAAGAUCUAUCAUCACAGCGUUAGCUAAGUGCAGUUGAGCUCAUGAUAAACGUGACAUU